UUUCUUCUUAAACGUUUACUUUGAACGAGUCCAAACCUCCACCCAACUGCCCCCUAACUCCCAAACUUUUCUUUUCCAAGAAAAUCGUCUCGCCAUUUCUCUUUCUUUUUCACUAAACUCCAUCAAACCCACAACCCAAAAGAUUUUCUCUUUCUUUUUCUUGUUUUUCUUUUGGCAAGUUUUAGUUAGUGGGUAUGGUGUUGGAAAUGUUUACAAGGCCUCUAGAGAGGUGUUUUGGAGGUGGAGAUGGUGGGGGUGGGCUAUGGCAUAUAGACUUAAAGCCUUAUGCUCUAGGGGAUUACUCGAUUGCUGUUGUACAAGCUAAUUCUUCGUUGGAAGACCAAGGACAAGUCUUUACUUCUCCUUCUGCCACUUAUGUUGGUGUAUAUGACGGCCAUGGUGGUCCUGAGGCUUCCAGGUUCAUCGCUGACAAUUUGUUCCCUUUUAUACACGACCUUGCAGCAGAGCAGGGUGGAGUAUCAGCGGAAGUGAUAAGGAAGGCAUUUGAUGCAAUAGAAGAGGAAUUCUUGCAUUUGGUAAAGCAAUCAUGGACAGUUCAGCCACAGAUUGCUUCAGUAGGUUCUUGUUGUCUUGUUGGGGCAAUAUCUAAUGGCGUUUUAUAUGUGGCAAAUCUUGGAGACUCAAGAGCAGUGCUUGGCAAGAGAGUAUCUCAAGGCAAGACUAGUUCAGUGGUGGCCGAACGUUUAUCUACCGAUCACAACGUUUGUGUUGAGGAGGUGAGGAAUGAGGUGGCUGCACUUCAUCCUGAUGAUUCCCACAUUGUGGUUUAUACCCGUGGAGUUUGGCGUAUAAAGGGCAUAAUUCAGGUUUCAAGAUCAAUAGGAGAUGUCUAUCUAAAGAAACCGGAGUUCAAUAGAGGUGCUCUUUUUCAGCAAUUUGGAUUGCCUUUUCCAUUAAAAAGGCCAGUGGUAACAGCAGAACCUUCAAUAUUGGUUCGUCCUUUAAGGCCGCAAGACCUAUUCUUGAUAUUUGCUUCAGAUGGUCUUUGGGAGCAAUUGACUGAUGAAACAGCUGUAGAUAUAGUUUUGAAGAGUCCUCGAGCUGGAGUUGCAAGGCGAUUAGUGAGGGCAGCCCUGCAGGAAGCUGCAAGGAAAAGGGAAAUGAGAUACGACGACAUAAGAAAAGUUGAAAAAGGAGUGAGGCGUCAUUUCCAUGAUGAUAUUACAGUCAUUGUAAUAUACCUAGAUCAUCCGAUAGGUUCUUCCAAUUGUAGAUUCAAAGAUCAAAAUGCUGUCGACUGCACAAGAACCCCUGUCGAUAUCUUCUCGCUAGAUGCUGAUGAAGUGCAAUGUUAGCAUCCGCUUUUCUCUGCACAAGACUGCAGGUAAUUGUUAUGUGUGCUGCUAUCUUGUGAAUAGAGAUAAUAAAUUACGAAUGCAUAUAUAAUACCUCUCUUUGAAGAGCAGGAUUGGCUUGAAGUAAUAACCAUACAAGGGGUUUGUAUAUAGAUACUAGAUAGAUUGCUUACAAUAGAAGCUAGAUUGAAGUUGUUGCUUACUUCUCAGUUUUGUUUUGAAGAGUCAUUGUAAACUAUUUUUUGGCUCUUUGUUUAUCAUAUAUAUAUAUAUAUACAGUAAAUAUAUAUAUAUAGGAAAUUUUUAA